UGAAGCGUCAGUCCUGAAAAGGCAGUUAUCUCGCCUUGACGACUCCGCACCGACGCCGCACUGGUCCGUGCGCGCCCCGCCUUUGCGAGGCACCACCUCGCCUGCGAUAAGGCGGUGCCAGGCGCCCUGCCUGGUCUCUCCCAGGCUUUUUCAGCCGGCGCAGGACACCAUACCCAGUAAAUUUAAACAGCACGCCAUGGACACCGACUUUCAGGGAUGGACGGGGAAGGGUUUCUAUCGCUUCGCGAAUGAAUGAAAGAUUCGGGCGGCGGUGGAUCGGAUCGGUCUCGGCCAGCUGCCUAUAGUCCCGACACCGAAGAGUUGCUCUGCUCCCUCGGUCGCUUCUUUCCCAUGCAUCGGCAAUGGAACAGACAGGCAUUAAGUACAAGACGACGGGCUGCACUUGGCUACAAAGUGUCAGCGAAGUCGUGGGGUUCCCUUUGGACCAGGUGAACUUCCUGGCCUGUCAGUCUCUCGCCCUCCUGGCUGCCUUCUGGUUCCGCUUGUACCUGAGCCCCCAGCAUGUCAGUCCCCUGGUCCGGCACGCCGUCGCCGCCCUGCUGGGCAUGUCUUUCAUCGUAUUUUGCUUUGGCUGGUACUCAUUACAUAUUUUUAUGCUGGUGUUCUCCUGCUACUGCAUCAUGAUCAAAGCAAACGCAGACAACAUCCACAGAUACUCUUUGAUGGUGGCGAUGGGCUACCUCACAAUCUGCCAGAUCAGCCGUGCCUACAUCUUCAGCUAUGGCAUCCUGUCCACCGACUUCUCCGGGCCCCUGAUGAUCCUGACCCAGAAGAUCACCAUGCUGGCCUUUCAGGUGCAUGACGGGAUGUGUGGAAACCCUGGGGAGCUCACGGCGGAGCAGAAGCGUCUGGCUGUGCCCUCCAAGCCGUGCCUGGUGGAAUACCUCAGCUACAACCUCAACUUCCUGAGCGUCCUGGUUGGGCCCUGCAGCAGCUAUAAGGACUACGUGGAGUUCAUCGAAGGAAGACACAUCCGGGGAAGACUGUCGCUGGCCAACGGCAAGCAGAGUGGUCAGGACUCGUGGCCGGAGCCGUCCCCGAUGAGGGCUGUCACUCAUAAAUUACUGGUCUGUCUCGUCUGUUUAUUCCUGUUUCUGACCCUCACAAGAGCCCUCCCCAUCGCCCACAACAUUGACCCCCAAUUUCUCAGCGAAGCAUCCUUUAUGUCAAGGCUGACAUACGCCUUCUUCUCUGUUCAAGCUGCUAGACCAAAGUUCUACUUCGCAUGGACCUUAUCUGACGCCAUCAACAAUGCUGCUGGUUAUGGCUUCAAAGGAGUGGAUAAAAAUGGACUGGAGUCGUGGGAUCUCAUUUCCAACCUGAAUAUCUUGGGGAUAGAGAUGGCAACAAGUUUCAAAACGUUUAUCGACAACUGGAACAUUCAGACAGGAGUCUGGUUGAAGUGCGUGUGCUACGACCGGGCCCCACGGAACCGCAUGGCGCUCACCUUCCUGUUGUCGGCCGUUUGGCAUGGCGUCUAUCCUGGAUACUACUUCACCUUUCUCACCGGCAUACCCAUCACCCAGGCAGCACGGAUCGUGAGGAGGAACUUCCGACAUCACUUCCUGUCCUCUGCGGCGCUGAAGCUUGGCUACGACGUGCUGACCUGGGCAGCAACGCAACUGGCCAUCAGCUACACGGUGAUGCCCUUCCUGCUGCUGGCAACUGAGCCCUCCAUGCGCUUCUACAGCUCCAUGUACUUUCACUUUCACAUCAUCAGCAUUCUGGUCGUGAUUUCCGGGCACCUCGUCGCGGGGGCCACCAAGCGGCACUCGUACCAGGCCCACCACUCCAACAACAACGUGAAAGAGAACUGACACGGAGCCCCGCGCCCACCACCGCCGCCGCCACGCCACACAAAGCCAUCUGUGUGCAGAGCAACAAAGAGCAUUCAGCGGGACCUGCAGCUAACGGCCACGGGCCCUGCGAAACUCCCAGAAAUCCCAGCUGGUCAAGGGGCGUUUGAGACCCUGGGACCACACAGAACUGGGCGCCGGGGGGUAGGGGGGGGCUGGGGGCUGAAGGAUACCAGGCUUCAGAACGGAACUGAAGGAGAUACUGUUGGCUGACUAGAACAUCUGGGUUCGCCCGAAAUGAAGAUCUCAGACAUCCCCAUGUUUACGUAUCAUGAUUACAAGGAACCCGUCCUAAAGUCAGCCUUGCCUUAACAUGGACUGAUGUUAUUUGAGGGCUGAUGGACUUUUAAACACUGGAUAACAAGCAAACAGGUCUUUAACCACUUAUUUGAUAUGUUUUAUAUGUGUGAAGAAGUGACGCAGGUAUAAACGUUUGAUUUGGUGUUAUUUUCAUGGCAGACUACUUGAAAGUGAAAAUGUGCUGUAUUUUCAGAUGAGGUAAAUGCUAUAAUUACCAAUGACGUCUGAGAAACGUAUUAAUGAGUACUCGUUUAAACACGUCCUUCACGUUGUAAUAAAAUUCUUUUUUUUUUUCCAUCACUGACUACUAUCACAGAUUCAUUAAGUAACAUUAUUCACUCAGAAGUCACUUGGUGAAAUUUACUGUGUUUAGUCCUCGAAUGGAGAAAGUUCAUUUAAUAUCCUUCUGAUGUGUCAACAUUUUGAUGUAAAUAGGUUAUGGGAUACCUGAACAGCUGAGGUAAACAAGGUUAAAACACUGUGCGACGCGUUACAUUGUAAUACUCGUCUUACUUGUACUGAAGCUGAUAUUAAUAGCUUAUGGUAGAAUGUGAAACAGAACCUGGCAUUACAUCAUCACCGUUUUAAUGGAAAAAACAUGGGCGUUGCACAGCCAAUGUUUACCUGACUCAUUUCACGUAGUACUGUAGGCCCAUGACCCACAUCCUCAACGUGUUUAGAAACACCAACACUCAAAUAAUAUUUGACACCAACCAUAUAGGUUAUUUGCAGACACUGCUCGAAGGAGCUAAUCAUAUAAUUAAUUUUAUGAUCGCUACCACUAUCUUAAUUACUGUACGUACUGUUAAAACUCAAUCGGAGACCACUAUUUCUUUGUGUUUUCUCAAGAAUCAGUGAAUGUUAAUAUACACUACCUGGCCAAAAAAAGUCACACUUUAAUAUUUCAUUGGACCACUUUUAGCUUUGUCAAUGCAUUGUUCCCACCUGCUUAUGCAAUUUGUCAACAUUUUUUUUGCAUUUGCAUUAAUUUCUCAUCAAGAUCUUGUAUUGAGGAUAGAUGAAUUGAACCAUAAAGUUUUCUUCAACACA